AUGUUUGGAGCGGCCGGCGCACCGCACGCUGAGAGCAUGGCACGGCGAGGGCCUGGCCUAGAAAAGGGACACCGCGUGGGACGUCAAUCUUCACUGCAGCGACCGCCACCGAGUUCGGAUUUGCUCGCACCUUCUGCGGUCCCUCUUCCUCCCCUCACUUCUGUGCCGAGGACUGUGCCGCGGGAUCCAGCAGCGCGAUGUUUGGCCGCAGGAACAUGGCCCGAACAAAUGAUUUGUGGGAGGGGAUGUGCACUGCGACGAGAAGGAGAAAAUGUUGAGAGACGACCACCACGACAAGACCGGAGCGAAGUUGUGUUUUUUCCACUUGCGCGAGGGCGGCCUGCCACCUGGUGGGUUAGGAGGAUUAUUUUUUUUUGCGUCGUUGCGCUCUCUUUUUAUUCAGCUGCGUUUUCAUGCGGACCUGCGAAGGGAGAUUUGCAAGAAAUUCCUGCGAGGCGUCCGUGCCGUUGUCGUAAAAGCGGAUUCCCCCUUGAAAAACGCUACUUUAUAAAUUUGUUUUGGGCGGGGAGUUCCUGUCGAUUCACUGCGACUUUGUUUUGCGGAUUUGAUGCGUGUGUUUCCGGGCGGUUCGGUCUGUGCUCCCGGCCCACUCGGAUGUGGUGUGCGCGUCGACGUGAAGGUGCCUGCCAGCCGUUUUAUUGCCUUCCCCGCUGUGGCUGCCGCCGUUGCCUUCCUCCCUUCCUGAGGUCCUGCGGCUUCUUGACACGAUGUUUUGGAGAAGGCGUUGCCGCUCUUAUCGUCCAUGAUAUUUUGAUUCUGGUUUUGCGGUCAGGAGAAAUUGAACGAGAGGGUUUGCUGCCCUCUUGUCUUGUUUGCCCUCUCUGCCUGACGGCCAGUUCUACACAAACGUGCUCCUCGGCACCUCAGUUGGUGCUGGCGGGUUUGCUCACAGUUGUCGCUGGCAAUCGCAUGCGCCAACUCUUCUCUGCUCCCUUUCAGUGUCGCAUUUUUUUAUUGAUUGACGGACGCCAUUCCGUCCGGCGUGUCACUUUGAUUGGAUUGUGUGGGACUGCUCGCCAGCGCCAUCGGAGAAAGCAGGCCGACUUUUUCACGUAUUUAAAUUCCGUCUUGCGCGCGGGUGUUUUUCACAUGUUCUGUUGGGCACUCAAACAGCGAGGUGUCCGGAACUAUGCGUGCGUGGAAUCCUUCCUGCCAUGUGAACUGCGGGCAACACCGCGGGGCUGUCACCUUUACUCCGCAGAGUUGUUGUGUCUCUUCGCGGGGUUGGCAGGGAAAUUCCUUGCAGCCUGCUACUGCUGGUGUGUCCCCAAAUGU